AUGAAGCUGAAUCUCGAUCUGCAAGAUGCCCAUCAGGGGCCGUAUCUUGCGCAAGACCACGUAAAAGCCUUGUUCGAAAUCCGAGGUCCUACCUUUCACAAAUCGCCUCGCAUCUCGGUCAAAUUCGUCGGCACCAUGGUGGUGUCGUUUCCCACACAUGUUAAUGGGGCCAGCCCGGGACAGUUUACAACAGUGUUGUUUGAGGAAACAAGGAAAAUCGAAUACAGAGAUUUGCAGUGGGACGAAGAUGAAGCCUCUGGCGAAUCGAUAUACACCACUCCCAUCGACUUCCAAUUCCCAGCCGAGGCCAACUGCUACUGCGCCAGACCUCAAAAGUGCCAACUCCCGCCUUCAAUGAACAUAAUCGAGCCCGAAAUGAGCGUCAAAGUAACGUACGGUAUUGUCGUCUCAGUGGGCCGCUGCAUCCUCGGUCCAAUGACAAAAGUCAAGAGCGUGGCGGUUGAGAUCCCCUUCAGCUGCACCCCAACCACGACAUCGCUCCCCAGAUCGUCCUGCGUUCUAUCAGUGGCGAUGGAUGACAAAUCUGGCCGAAGAUAUGCGCGCCAACGAAAUACAUUAAUGGAUCAAGAGCACGCCGACGGCUCAUGUCCAUCAUAUAGUCUGAAAUACUCGCCAUCAGUCAAAGUCGAGGUUCUCCUGCCCCAGCCGGCGAUUCUCAUCCGCGGCCAGCCAACUCCAGUGCGGGUCGUUAUCCACACACCCACCGACAUGAUCGAAUCGGGCAACGUAUAUCUGCGAAGCGUGUCCAUGGACCUAAAGUCUACUGUCAUGACUUCUGUUGGUAUGCUGCCGCGGACAGCCACCCAGAGAAAACACGGGUGCAGCAUGGCCGGCGCGGUUAAGAUUGAUAGCGAAGUCUUUGAGCUGGACUCGGGCGCGUGGGGCAACUUUUUCGUCAUGAAUACGAAGCCGACGACGGAGUCUUGUAUAGUGAGGCUGGACCAUGCGAUGGAGAUUGUGACGGGCAUCUCGAUUGGACUGGGGAGUGAUAUCAAGUAUGCUGUGGCGACGUUUGACGUUGUUGUCAUGGAUCCACCGCCGGCGUACGAAGUUGGAGAUGCGAUACAAUUACAAGCAUAA